CCCCAUCCGAACCGCAGUCACCACUCUCUCAGCUACGAAACCUUCCCACCCCAACCCCAUCGUCCUCGUCUCCGAGUUCCCCAAAUCCACAUCCCGCAGGCGCUGCAGGAUCCGGCCUCCUCUCGGUCGGCGCCCGCCGCCGCGGCGUCCCGCCCCGCUCGAUUGGGUCGCGUGUGCGAUAGGAAGUUCGUCAUACGCCUCGCGGUUUUUCUAGUUUCUGUUUUGAUUUCUGUGCGCGCUUAAAUUUGUGUUCCGAUUGAUCGAUCUGCUUAGGUACGUGAGAUUGUUUUGAUUGCUUCCGGGUGCGCGUAGGUGAUGACGAGCUGAUAAUGUCUAAUUGCUCUGAUUUGAUUUGCGGUGACUAAUUGCUCGCUUGAAUGCGUAUUGUGAUGACUUAUUGUUUGAUUUACUUUUCGUGUGCACGGUGGAACAUCAGUACCCUUGGCGAUUGAUUGGUCGUGCGAUCUGUAUAAAAUGUCCAUCCCCUUUAUCGUUUUGAAACAACUGCAUGUGCCUGAUUCGUUUGGUUUGUACCGACAGCGUUGGGUGCCUACUUGAGAUGAUAUUGAAGAUUCUGGGGGUUGUGUUCUAGGUUUGUGGUAAUGUUAUGUGCAUGGUUGAUGGUUAGCCAGUAGUUCUCAGAUAAUGGGCUAGAAUUUAACAUUGCCAAGGACUCCGUGCCUUUAGAAGUUCAGAACUUAUGUACUGUCCUAAGCAGCGCAUUCUGCGACUUCCAUAACCAAUAUUUACUGCAUAUGAUUUUCGUCAAAAAUGUUUGAUCCAUAUGCAUACCACACUUCUGUUUGCUCUAUCAUCUCUUGUGGCACAACACUACGCCAUUUUGCAUCCUUGAUUUGGCUGUCCUUUGCAAAUACCGUUGAGCACAGGUCGAUUGCAAUUCUUUCGCUAAAUUAAAGAGAAGUAUACGUUUUAGCAACGUAAUGGGGGAAACUAUCAUCUUCUGGACGAAUUCCUUUAUGUGCCCCAGUUGACGAGAAUUUGAGAAGCAGUUUGUGGACUGCUCACAGGCUAUUCAUUUCUGUACUCCUUGUGAGAGAAUUAGGCAGACAUUUCUCUUAUGCCGGUCAUGUAAAACUGGGUCACUGGUGAUGAUCUCUGUUCAGUUGAAAGUAGAGAUAGGUUAAAUUUCAGGUCUGAAUUGAUGAAAUCUCAAGUAGAACCUUAGGAUGAUGCACGAAAGAGCAUGCUGGUUUUCUCCAAGGUACUUCUUAUCGAAGAAUCAAUGGAUUGAAAAUCUCUUAUGGGUAGCAGUGCAUGUUAAGUAAAGAUUUCGAAGAUGAAGCAGAUGUCUGCUGGAGGUAGGCUUUCCUUGAAAUCUAACGUCUUAAUGAACCUUUCAGAGUAAAACAAGUGCAUGAGUGGUACACGUUAACAUAUCGAAACCUUGUCACGUUUCAUUUUUUUUCUUCCAUUUCCUGGCAUUUGAUGCUAUGACGUGUUCCUCUUGCCAGAGAAUGGGGGUGGACAACGCGGUAAAUUUCGUGCAGAUGGAUGUUCGAUUGCUUGGGAAUUCUCUGGAGUCUGGAUGGAUACCAAUCGAGUAGUAUUAUUCCCCUCUCAGCUCACUGUGCAGAUAGAUAGUGCUAUCUGUGACUGUUGGGUGAUCAGUUUAUCGAGAUUUUGCUGGUUGAAGAUGUUCGGCGUUGCUUUCAUCUUUUGUGAUGCCUGGUCUUCAGCAGUAUAUGGCAUUCCAGAACUGUGCGGAGUGGUUUCCUUGAAUUUAGGAUCUCCCACUGCAUUCUGUAUCGGGACUCGGGAGCAAUCCUGCUAAAUACAUGAUAUUUGCAGGUAUUUGUGUUGUGUUUGCAACGUGAUAGCUUUCAGCGAUAAAAAAACAGUCAAGAUGGGCGCAUUGGACCUACACCUUGAGUCUACUUCUGCUCAACAUGGACAAGCCAAGCUAAAUGUGGAGGAAUAUGCCAAGGGCUCUUUGGAGUCUGGUGGAAAUUACAAAAAAGAGAAGAUCAAUGGUUCAGAUCCUGAUGAUUUUGAGAAAUUUGAGAAAGGAAUAAUGCAGUAUGGGUGUCCACACUACAGAAGGAGAUGCCGCAUACGAGCUCCUUGCUGCAAUGAGAUCUUUGAUUGCCGGCACUGCCACAAUGAAGUUAAGAAUUCCAUUAAAGUUGAUACAAUGAGGAGGCAUGAACUUCCACGCCAGGAAGUACAGCAAGUUAUAUGCUCAUUAUGUGGCACCGAACAAGAGGUACGACAAGUAUGCAUCAAUUGUGGAGUAUGCAUGGGGAAGUACUUCUGUGGAUUGUGCAAGCUCUUUGAUGAUGAUGUUUCUAAACAACAGUAUCACUGCAAUGGAUGUGGAAUAUGUAGAAUUGGAGGGAGGGAAAAUUUCUUCCACUGCUCAAAAUGUGGAUGUUGUUAUUCAAUUGUGCUGAAGAAUAGUCAUGCAUGUGUUGAAGGAGCAAUGCAUCAUGACUGUCCAAUCUGCUUUGAGUACUUGUUUGAGUCGACAAAUGAUGUUUCUGUCCUGCCUUGUGGUCAUACCAUUCAUGUGAAGUGCUUGAAAGAAAUGGAGGAGCACUGCCAGUUUGCAUGCCCACUUUGCUCCAAGUCAGUUUGUGACAUGUCCAAGGCGUGGGAGAGACUCGACAUGGAGCUAGCGACUCUGUCCGAUUCUUAUGAUGACAAGAUGGUCAGCAUAUUAUGCAACGACUGCGGGGCAAUAUCAGAGGUGCACUUCCAUUUGAUCGCGCACAAGUGCCAGAAUUGCAAGUCAUACAACACCCGCCAGAUAUGAAGAAAGGGAUUCUUAUGCGGUUUCUGCAUUCUUCAAGAAGCGUGUUCUUCAAGAAGCGUGACGGCGCCUCUUGCGUGAGCUGCUGAGCUCUCGGGACGGGGAUCCCAUAUCAUCGGGUGCAGUUUCAGGCUUUCAGCGAAGGCGAAUCACUUGAGAAUUGAGAUUAUCUAUCUGUGCUAUUAGCUGUUGUCCUUGAUUGCGCCUCUUUAGCCUGUUAGCUGUUACUCUAGGUGCUUCCGCCUGUUUACUUCUGUUGUCUGUGGUUCCGGUGUAUUGGUUAUAAUUCCUCGCUUGAAGAUUGUGUCCUCGGAGGUCCUAGCUGAGAUAAAUGCCCAAGCUUGUAGCUGGAAGUCGAUUCAUGUAGGGGUCUCUGUUGGCAGGAUGAGAGAGGUUUGUGGUUGCACGGCAAAUAUGUGGCUCUCCUACAUUUUCCGUAUAUUUAAUUCUUUAUAUUACCA